UGGAAAGGAGCAUGUCAUGGAGCACGUCAACCUCUCCAUAAACCACACGGCAGUCUCUCUUGCGUGGUAUGGCAAACACUGGCCGUGUGUGGCCACACUGUCCACCUUAGAGUUGUGUGGGGUGACACCUGUUUUCAUGGACUGGUAUAAAAGCCCGACCAAAAACAGACCUCGAUGGCGUUCUUUAAUUGCAAGGUACAGUCUGAGUCAUUUAACUGAAUCCACCAUGAUUGGCUGCGACAGACUCGUCCAGAUCUUCUGCUUAGACCCUGGCCUCCUGGUGGGGCUGUGGAAGAAGGAGAAAGAACUGGCUUUUGUUAUGGCAAAUCUUCAUUUACAUCAGCUUGUGGAGAGGAGCACAUUGGGCUCGGCCACUAUCCCCUAUGAGCUGCCUCCUCAUAAUGCCUUUGAGAUUGACAGCACAGAAUACGGACUGCAUGGCUACCAACUCCACAUCGACAUGCACAGCACUGGCGUUUCCUACCUCUGUGUUACAUUUCGCAGUUUCUUCACCAAGAAAGAAUGCAUUGAAAAUGGAUAUGUGAAGCUCACUGUGAUACAUUUAAAAAAUGACAGAGAACACCUGCCUCUUAUUGGAAAAGUUGGCUUCUUUUGGAAAACGAAUGUUUUUGAUGGCUAUAUACAGAGCUGUUCUGUCAUGAACGUCACCCUGUUAGAUGAGUUCGGGAAGCCCUUUUGGUGUUUCAGUUCCCCAGUGGGCCUGAGACCUGCUCCCAGCCGGCCUGACUGCCCGAACUCCCUAGGACAGAGGUACUACGUGGACUAUGCGGACGUUGAGGGGCGAGUGCACAUGGAGCUGAUGUGGUUCGCCAAGUUCGAGGAGUACUUCGUGGUCAGCCUGGAGGUUUACUUGCACUUCACAAAGAUAAACCACUGGUUCGGGACCCAUUACCAAGGCUAGCAGUAGGUGGCCAAGUUCACCGCCGUUUCGCUGUUCAUUUUGGACUCACCAGCUUUGUUCUUGGUGUUAACAAGUUACAAUAAAGCCUGUCCACAUGGA